GACUAGGCAUCAUGAGUAAGGAUUUCAAGAGCACCCUAAAGAGGAAGAGAUCGGGGUUGCAAUCCACUGAAGAAAGCCCCAUUAACUCUCAAGCAAGAUCAUCACCUCAUAAAUGUCUUACUGAUGGAGAUAUUUCCUGCAGGAAUGGGUUUAAGGUUUGUGAUGAUAAUAUGAAUUGCUCUCCUAAAUCCGCGUCCAAGAAAUUGGCUGACCAGCUCUCUCCCACACCUAAGUGGAACCCAAGAGAUCCUGUACAUAUGACGUCUGUGAAGCGGGCACUGCAUGUGGCAACUGUCCCUUCUAAUGUUGUGUGUCGUGAAGUGGAGCAGAAAAGGGUUUUUGAAUUCUGUAAGGCUUGCAUUGAGCAAGAGAAAGCUGGCAGUAUAUAUGUUUGUGGGUGUCCUGGAACUGGGAAGACAUUGUCCAUUAAUAAAGUGAAAGAACAACUUUUCUCCUGGUCAAAAGAGGUGGGACUGCAGCCACUGGAAUCGCUAGCAAUAAAUUGUACUUCUCUGAGAAAUACAUCGGAAAUUUUUAACAAGAUACUGGAAAAGCUUAAUUCUUCUAAAAAGAGAAAUGGCUGCUUAACUCCUCUCCAGCACCUGCAGGAUUUGUUUUCUCAAAGAAGUUCAAUUUCUGGAACAAUAUUGUUGGCAGUAAUUGACGAAAUGGAUUAUUUAAUAACUAAAGACCAGGCAGUACUUCAUGACCUUUUUAUGCUUACAACAUUUCCUUUUUCCCGUUUCAUAUUGAUAGGCAUAGCUAAUGCAAUUGACCUAGCAGAUAGAUUUCUCCCAAGACUGAAAUCUAUGAAUUGUAAGCCCUUUGUGUUGACUUAUUGUGCAUACUCUAGAGAUCAAAUAAUUGAGAUCCUUCGGCAGAGACUUACGAUUCUUGGAUACAAUGUCUUUCAACCUUUAGCUCUAGAAUACUGUGCAAGAAAAGUAGCAGCUGCGUCAGGAGAUAUGAGAAAAGUACUUGAUGCUUGCAGGACUGCGAUUGAGGUGCUUGAGACAGAGUUAAGGGACAGCUCUAUCAAGAAACAAGCUAACUUCGUAACUUUUGAUCACAUGGAUGUUGCAUUGUCAAAAGCAUUUAAGUCACCAACAGUGGAUAUCAUAAAAUCUCUUCCACAACACCAACAGAUAGUAUUGUGUUCCUUGGUGAAGCUCUUUCGUGGUUCAAGAAAGAAUGCUACUAUUGGAGAGCUGAACAAAUCAUAUUUGGAAAUAUGCAAAUCCGCUCAUGUCCCGGCCGUUGGAUCACUGGAAUUCACAGAUAUGUGUAGAGUGCUGGGUGAUCAGGGACUAAUCAAACUUGGUCAGUCAAAACAAGAAAGACUGAGGACAGUAACAUUACAAAUUGAAAUUUCAGACAUUUCUUUUGCUUUUAAGGAUAUUCGAUUUUUUAAAAAUUGCCUUGAAGAUUAGUGCCCUAGCUACAAGGUGAUUCACACGAGAGCAACAAAUAAGAAUAAUAAUUCUUCAUUUUUGUUUAAGGUUAGACUUCAUAAUUUGGUUCCUGCAUCACUGAGGCCUGCUUGAGUGAUGCAAUGAAAGUUAUAGCCUUUCCAUUAAUAAUUUCGUUAAGCCUAUAUUUAUGAUAGCAACAGAUUACUGGCCUGCCCCCAAUGUAGCCAUGUAGGAAACUUCUUCUUUGGAUAUUAUCGCCAGAGGUAAUUGGAGGAAUGUUGCUAAUGAGCAGUCAUAGUUUGAAAUUCAGCAAUGUUAAUCGGUCCAGGAAAUACCAUGAUUUGCCCCUUUUAUGAUGGCAUGUUUUUAUUGUAUGUU